AAACCUGCACAAGCAACUAUUCCUCUUCACCCCUUGCUCCCAUCCCCCAACCCCCACCUUUACUUCUCUCUCAAACCAUUUUUAGCAUCUGUGGCUGCUUGACUUGGGAGAUGGAUGGGCUGAGGGAGUGGAGGGGCACCUCAGAGGAGCGGGACCAGGCAGACUCCCAGGACGGUAAGCAACAUUUGAGGACCAUUCACUAACGCUUCUCUGCAGGGGUUUCCUCUCCAUCCAUUUCCUUGCUGGGUUGUCAGUGAUGCCAUCUGAGUUGCUGUCAGGGCUGUAGCCUGACAAAGGGUUUCCUAAUAGAUCCAAGCUGUCCAUUUGCGGGGAGCUUCUGAUUGCCUGUUGUUACUGGUUUCUCUUAGCCCAACACUAGGAUCAUUAAGAAGGAAGGAAUGUGAGGAAGAAAGAAAGGCAGGGCAUUCAGGAGGAAGUGUGGAGGCAUGGGAGGGUUCUCAUGGGGCCCUCCUGGGCACUGGGUAACCUGUCCUUUCUCCCCUCAGGUAGGGAUCCCACGGCUGGGUGGUCCUAAGCCACUGGGUGGAUGAAAGGCCGAGGGAUGCUGGUCCUGCUUCUGCAUGCGGUGGUCCUCGGCCUGCCCAGCGCCCGGGCCGUGGGGGCCUGCGCCCGCGCUUGUCCCGCCGCCUGCGCCUGCAGCACCGUGGAGCGCGGCUGCUCGGUGCGCUGCGACCGCGCGGGCCUCCUGCGGGUGCCGGCCGAGCUCCCGUGCGAGGCGGUCUCCAUCGACCUGGACCGGAACGGCCUGCGCUUCCUGGGCGAGCGGGCCUUCGGCACGCUGCCGUCCCUGCGCCGCCUGUCGCUGCGCCACAACAACCUGUCCUUCAUCACGCCCGGCGCCUUCAAGGGCCUGCCGCGCCUGGCUGAGCUGCGCCUGGCGCACAACGGCGACCUGCGCUACCUGCACGCGCGCACCUUCGCGGCGCUCGGCCGCCUGCGCCGCCUGGACCUAGCCGCCUGCCGCCUCUUCAGCGUGCCCGAGCGCCUCCUGGCGGAACUGCCGGCCCUGCGCGAGCUCGCCGCCUUCGACAACCUGUUCCGCCGCGUGCCGGGCGCGCUGCGCGGCCUGGCCAACCUGACGCACGCGCACCUGGAGCGCGGCCGCAUCGAGGCGGUGGCCUCCAGCUCGCUGCAGGGCCUGCGCCGCCUGCGCUCGCUCAGCCUGCAGGCCAACCGCGUCCGUGUCGUGCACGCUGGCGCCUUCGGAGACUGUGGCGUCCUGGAGCAUCUGCUGCUCAACGACAACCUGCUGGCCGAGCUCCCGGCCGACGCCUUCCGCGGCCUGCGGCGCCUGCGCUCGCUCAACCUGGGUGGCAACGCGCUGGACCGCGUGGUGCGCGCCUGGUUCGCUGACCUGGCCGAGCUCGAGCUGCUCUACUUGGACCGCAACAGCAUCGCCUUCGUGGAGGAGGGCGCCUUCCAGAACCUCUCGGGCCUCCUCGCCCUGCACCUGAACGGCAACCGCCUCACCGUGCUCGCCUGGGCCGCCUUCCAGCCCGGCUUCUUCCUGGGCCGCCUCUUCCUCUUCCGCAACCCGUGGUGCUGCGACUGCCGCCUGGAGUGGCUGAGGGACUGGAUGGAGGGCUCCGGACGUGUCACCGACGUGCCGUGCGCCUCCCCCGGCUCCGUGGCCGGCCUGGACCUCAGCCAGGUGACCUUCGGGCGCUCCUCCAAUGGCCUCUGUGUGGACCCCGAGGAGCUGAACCUCACCACGUCCAGUCCAGGCCCGUCCCCAGAACCAGCGGCCACCACCGUGAGCAGGUUCAGCAGCCUCCUCUCCAAGCUGCUGGCCCCGAGGGUCGCGGUGGAGGAGGCGGCCAACACCACUGGGGGGCUGGCCAACGCCUCCCUGUCCGACAGCCUCUCCUCCCGUGGGGUGGGAGGCGCGAGCCGGCAGCCCUGGUUUCUCCUCGCCUCUUGUCUCCUGCCCAGCGUGGCCCAGCACGUGGUGUUUGGCCUGCAGAUGGACUGACCUGGCCAGAGGGGGGAAAGUUUGCAUAACUGGGCUUGAGUGUGUUUGUGGUAAGGGGAGAGGAGCCGGGAUGGGGAGCAGAGGUGAAAAUCCCAGUGGAGGGUGGAAGGAACCGUUUGCCUCCAGUGGUGGCCCCAGGGAGAAAACAGGGACCUGCCACUUGAGGGGGAGGAUGGUAUGGAUUUCUGCUUUUGUCACACGGGCAUCCAUUGGAAAAGAGAAGCAAGAAUGAACGUGGGCCCUCGGGUGGGAAGACUAGGAAUCGGAAGCUUCUAGGGCUUCACAUCCCUUCCCCUCCCCUCCCCUUCCCCUUCCCCUCAUCUUCCAGGCAACAGUGCCUGCAAGGCCUGAAUUAGAGAGACUUCCAUUGGUUAAGUAGUUAAGAGCCGUCCCAUUUCUCCUGGCGGGGUAACCCAUUAUACCGAAGUCCUUUGUUUUCUACCAUAAUCCUCCUCCUCCAAUCCAGGGGCCUGAAAACACUAGGAUUCAGGAAGGUAGGGAGGACGUGAGAGAAGGGAGAUGGGAGAGAGACUUAAGACAAAGGGUGGCGGUGGUUCCUGGGGUCUGAGAUGUGUUAAGAGGCGUUUAAAACAAAGAUCCAGUUCAUUUAUUCCACAAUUAUUCCCAGGGCUGGCCCUAGCCACAAAGGAACUUUAGGGCAGGGUAGGGAAAAAAGGGGCAGCAGGGGGUGUGUUUGUGGACAAAUAAAUUUGUAAAGUCCGAGGAUUUAAAAAAAAAAGGUUAAACCGGUUUCUCU